CGCAGACCUUAGCGGGACACCAUCAACCUCUUCCGGCGUCACAUUGACUCGCAGAGGUUGGAAAUGAAUCUAUGAAGUCAUAAUUUUUCUUUUGCUUAUAACUGCGUUUCUCCCACCGAAGGGAGAAAUUGAACGUGUGUUUUUGUUUUGCAUUCAGAAGAAGUUUAGUUUGACGCAGUUGUCGUAGUUGCUGCUGCCGGUGUUGUGAACAUGUCUGCGGAGGAGGCGGACAAAACAACCACCACGGACGCCAGCGCCGGAGAUGAAGAGGAGGAAUGGCUGUAUGGAGAUGAGUCUGAGAGCAAAGACGAGGAUGAAGAAGCUAAACUCAAUGCUGCCGUCAGCGCACCUGCUGAUGCUUCAACAGAGGACGCUGCUGUCGCUGCACACGCUACAGGGAACGGAGUGGCGUCCGAGGCUGCUGGUGAAGCAGCAGGUGAGGAUGUGGACACCGACAGCGACAGCGAUGAUGAUGACGAUGAUGUCCGCGUCACCAUCGGAGACAUAAAAACCGGAGCACCACAAUACACACCUUACGGAGCUCCACCUGUCAAUCUCAACAUAAAGACAACAGGCUCCAGGCCUUACGGACAAGUGACCGCGAAGCUGAAAGGAGUUGAUCUGGAUGCUCCUGGAAACAUCAACGGGGUUCCAGUGCUGGAGGUGGACAUGGAGUCCUUUGAAGAGAAACCCUGGAGGAAGCCAGGAGCGGAUCUGUCAGACUACUUUAACUACGGCUUCAAUGAAGAUACGUGGAAGGCUUACUGUGAGAAACAGAAGAGGCUGCGUAUGGGCCUGGAGGUCUCUACUGUCGGCUCAGUGACCAGUAAAAUCACUGUUCAACAGGGCAGGACAGGGAAUGAGAAGGACAUGUCCAGUCUGCCUGUUCACACCUCCAAACCAGACUUCACAUCUCCAGUCACCCUGUACAAGCUCCAGUCAGCCGUCAGUCAGGUCACAAGGAUCUCUCCCCCUCAGUGGACUGGCCCGCCUGCUCAGGACAUGUCCUAUUAUACGAAGACAAGCGGGACUAUAGAUGUGAUCGGUGGAGGGACGGCCACCAUCAGCAGGGUUGAAGGGCGACGCAGACACAACUUAGACGGCAACAAUAUCCAGGUGAUCUCUGAACACUCCACAUCUGAGGCUGAACCUGCUCCUGCUAAGAUGCCCGCCUUCUUCCCCCCCGGACCACUUCCUCCAAACAUACCUCCACCUCCUUUCCUCCCUCCACCUCCCAACGUCAGCAAUGCACCCCCGCUCAUCCCUCCGCCCAGGUUGCCCAUCACUGUCCCUCCACCUGGUUUUCCUCCUCCACCCAGUGGGCCCCCACCUGCUAUCAUUCCCACCAUGGACAGUGGCCACCCUGGAGGUUACGACGGACGCUCUGUCCCCCCGUACCCGUUCCCUCAAGGUGCGUACCCUCCACCCUUGGCUGGUGGUGUGCCCCCUCCUUGGCCCCCGAUGAUGGACAACUCUAAGCCCUGGGACUACUAUUCCCGUCGAGACGACAAGAGAGAAAAGGAAAGAGACAGGCCGAGAGAGAGGACGCAUGAGCGGGAGAGAGAGAGGGAGCACAGCCCGUCAGCUAUGGGCUACACCAGUGACGAGGAGCGAUAUCGUUACCGCGAGUACCAGGAGCGCGGUUACGGAGAGCGCCAUCGUGACCGGACGAGCCGAGAGAAGGAGGAGCGACACAGAGAGAGGCGGCACCGGGAGAAAGAGGAGGGACGCCACAAGUCCUCUCGCAGCAGUAGCAGGAGGAGGCACGACAGCGAGGAGGGCGACAGCCACCGGAGGCACAAACACAAGAAGAGCAAGAGGAGCAAAGAAGGCAAAGAGGCGAGCGAGGAGAUCAGCGCAGACCAAGGGAACCAGGAGGCCAUGGAGUGAUUGCAACCUUUCCUCUCUAUUGCUGUCUGUCUCCAUCUGUCCCUCCCUGUCAGGAGACGAGCACAGACCAACAAAACCAGGAAGUCACUGAGUGAUCGAUGCGUUCCUGUCACCCCCCCUCCCCAUCAAUCUCCAUUCUCCUCCAUCCCGCUGUUGUUCAUCCUCAACAUCACAUCAGAAGGAGAGUGGAUGCAGCAGAGGAGGUGGUGAAGGAGGGAUGGAUGUCUUUUCACUUCAUCCAUCUUUCCUUCACUUGCUGACAUCAGGCAGGGCAUCAAUCUAUCUUCAGCCCCCCCUCCCCCUCCCCCCCCAACCCUCCUCUCAGAGCACUGCUGUAACAAUUAGGUCACACUCAGAGGUUUCGUUUCCUCUUGUUUCAUGAUAUCAAUGAUCAGCAGCAUUUGCUCUUUUUCUUUCUUUCCUCAUUUGUUUGUUUUUUGUCCUUUUUGUUCUUGUCCAUUAUGAAGACAUCUAUAGAAAGCUGUCAGUUUGUGAAAUUCAAUUAAAAAAACACUUUUGAUAAGA